GCGUAUAUAACACGGAAAACAAAAAUGACCAUACAAAAAUGUCCUAUAAAAAAAGCAACAAUAAAUAAAUAAAUAAAAGAAUAAAUAAAUAAAUAGCACUUGCAUGCUUGUCAUUUAAAACGUAGAUGCCCUGAAAUUGACUGAACGCGUUAAGAGAGAUGGUAAGUUAGGAUAUUUUUAUACUCUUAGAUAAGGCUAACAUAAACAUUGCCAUGUUCAGAGAUAAUUUUGUGGCAUCUAAAAUACAUUGGAAUUUGCUAAUUUGAGCAGAUGACGUUACAGCAGUAUUUUGGUGCUGAUAUAUGGUUUCAAAAAGAUCUUCCUUAUCUAAACAGACUCCUAUUUAAUUACAAUAAUUAAAAUCCAAGUACUAUAAAAUCCGGUCUCUUAAAAAAUGAUGUCACAGCAAACACAUCCACAUCAGGGACACGUACCGCAAUUGUGAUAUCUGUUCUAUAUUUAAAUAUCACCGUUCUGUAUUACGCUUUUUACCCAUUGAGAAAUGCUACAGGUGUUGACCCAGAUAUCAUAGGAGUAAAGGUAAACACGCUGCGGCAAAGACUCCAGUGCACCGGAAGUCGCCUUCUACACAGUUUUAAGGUGUUUUGGUGCUCCAUGGUCAUUGCGAUAUGAUUCUAUAUCAGCAUUAACACUCCCUGUUUAUUGAGGAUACGAAAAAAAGAAAUGUAGAACCAAUAAGUUCACUAGUGUGUGCAUAUGUAUGAGGUCUCUCUCUCUCUCUCUCUCUCUCUCUCUCAUACCCCGUGUCUCCCUCCUCUUUUCGUGGGUUGACGUAUUUGGAUUAAACUGAUUGCAGUAUGAUGUACGUUUAAGAUAUGGAUCGGUGGACAGGGCGCGUUGCCUUGGUAACUGGAGUAUCGAAAGGGUUAGGAGCAGCCAUUGCACGUGCUCUGGUUAAGAAUGGCAUGGUGGUGGUUGGAUGUGCCAGACACAUCGAAAAUAUGCAAAAAACAGCCACAGAUCUUCAAGAUGAAAAAGGCAGUUUGAUUCCAAUGAAAUGCGACCUUACCAAAACGGAAGAGAUCGAGUCCAUGUUUCAAAAAAUCAAGGAACAGUUGGGUGGUGUCGAUGUUUGUGUUAACAACGCUGGUGUUGACCUAUUUUUGGAUUGCAAGACAGGGUCUUUAUCUGACACCAAGACAAUGUAUGAAUUGAAUGUAUUCGCUGCCAUAACCGUUUCCCAACUGACCAUUCAGUCCAUACAAGAAAGGAACUUGAAUGACGGGCACAUCAUUAAUAUGAGCAGUGUAUGUGAGAGCACGGUCCACGAGGACUCCUCAUGUCACAUGUAUACCCCAACAAAGUGUGCCCUGAAGGCUUUCACAGAGGGUCUGCGACACGAGCUGAGAAAAGAGAAAACGAAAAUACGGACGACGAUGAUUAGUCCUGGAUUGGUCGACACUCCGCAAGCAAGAGCAGACAUGGACGACAACCUCUUCUGUCCGGAAACUUGUCUUCAACCAGACGAUGUCGCUGCCGCCGUGACCUUUGCCCUCAGUGCCCCGCCAUGUGUUAACGUCCGGCAUAUUUGCCUCCAUGCGAUACACGACUCGUUUUAAACUAUGACCAACUGCCGCUGCCAGCUUUUUAUGCUCUCCAAAUGCACGCCUUUUAAUUGGGGAAAUACCUUGUAUUUGAUUUAUAAUUAUUUUUCAUACAACUCAAAAAGCGAAAAAAACUUUUAGAAGUGUGUAUAGUUCAAGAUAUGUUGAUUGUGAAUGUUCACUUAAAGGCAGAAAUAAUUGGAUUUAAA